UUCACUUUUCAUUUUUUGGAGUUCAAAAGUUUCAGUUGAAAUUGAAGCUCUUUUUUUUAAAUUUAAAAUGUCGCUAAUAAUUAAAAUUUUAUAGCUUCAACUUUUUCGUCAAAAAAGGCAUGCUUUCCAUAAUUUUGGAGGAGAAAAACAAAUUUUGUCAGUGUUAAAAAUUUUCUUUAAAAUCUUCUUUUUUUUUUUUUUUUUUUAACUUUUCGAGAUUAGCAUUUAAUCUGACGAGAAAUCACGAUCCAAUCGCUAUUAUCUAUUUCUUUUCAACUGCUGCAUUUUGGAAGCAUUUCAUUUUUUCUAAAUUCCCAUUUGUCAAUAAGUAAUGGGUGAAUGUGAAGCUUAUGGUUGUUCUAGUAAAAUCAACAAGAGAGAUCCGGGAAUCACUUUCCAUAGGUUUCCUAAGGAUCCAAAGCUUAGGAUGAUGUGGAUUAGAGCUGUUUGUCGCAAAGAUCCAACUACUGGGGAAAUAUGGCAACCAUCUACAAACAGCGCACUUUGUUCAAAACACUUUUCAGAAGAGAUGUUUGACUGCACAUCUACAGCCAAGAUACGACUUCAUAAAAAUGCUGUUCCAGAAAUUUUUGAUGGGAUUCCAAAGCACCUUCAGAUGAAGCGUGAAAGUUUUAUUCAAGAGUUGGACAAUAAUGACAUGGAUCAUUUGCAGUCAACUGAGACUGAAUUAGAUUGCAUUCCUUCUGAGGAGCUUUCACAAAAUCUUUUGAAAAAUAGCUCAAGCUCAGGAUUAGAAAAGGAAAAAUAUCUCACUAAGUCCCUAUCAUUCAGUCGUGAGGAGAGUUGCACACCCAAAUCUGAAGGGUCAACUUCAUUAGAUGAAUCAACAAAAAAUUCAUGCCAAACUUUCAUAGAUGUACUUCUAAAUAAGCAUGAUAAUUGUGCUGUUGACUAUUCAGAUGAGCAGUUUCAAGAUUUUUUAACUCAAGCUAACCGUCUAGAAAGUCAGGAAUCGGACACAGUGAAAGACCCUGGUUCGGAUUCGUCUUCGGAAGACGAAGUCGAAAAAUCACUUUCAAACAAAGAACUGAAAAGAAGAAUUGCCAUUUUAGAAGCAAAGCUAAUGAUUAAAAAUAGGGAAAACAGACUUUUGCGUGACCGCAAUAGGAGGUUGCAACAAAAAGUUGAAAAGUUAAGUCCUGGUACAAAAAAAGCAAAAAGUCAAUUAUUGUAUUUAUGAUGAUGCUUGUAAAUUGGGUUGAAGUGGCUGGCUCUAUUUUGAUUACAAAUAUGGUUUAGACUUUAUUUAUUAAAUUACUCUAACCAUUUACAGGGCUCAUUUUUGUCCUACUUUUUUCUACUUAAUAGAAGUUCUACUUUUGAGAAAAAGUCCUACUUUCUACUUUGCAUCUCUUUCAGAAAAAUUUACUUUAAUUUCAUGAGUAUUUCAUUAAUAAAUUAAAUUCUUUUAAAAGUACAGAGAAUGUUCUGGAAAAAAAAUGAAGAUUGUGGACCUGAAUUCUUUUGUUUCUACAUUGCUGUUGUAUUCAUAUACACUUUUGUCUAUCUUUUUAUAUUUUUAAUUCAGUUUUGCAUUUCAAUUGAUCAGAGAAAUAGAAGUUUUCAGUAUUAUAAUU